CGGGCGGUUAGCAUGUAAGGCAGGUCAUGGCGUUUCGUUUAUUCCGAGAAGAUUUUCCACGGAUUUUCCUUUGGAUUUUUCAUUUCAAUGAAUUUGUGAUUUAGAAAUAUUCUUUUGAAAUCUGUUGUUUUAAAAUGUCUCGUUGAUUUGAGAUUAGAGUGGAUGAGUUGAUAUGCAAAUGAUGUGGAAAAUGUUGGUGUCACAAUACAGUCACUAUAGCAACCUUGUUUUUUGUGAAGUGUCGAAGAAAAGUCGGUUUAAACUGCUCGGGAUUGCUGACAGACAAGUCAAGCCAGAUAAGAUGUUUUUGUGUUCAAGUCCAAUAUUAUCGGAAGGAUUAACAUUUGGCCAGGAUAUUAGUUACCAUUUUAAACCAAACCGAAUGAUUUUCAAUGAGUUUGAUAGAGUUUAAGUUUUCUACCCUAGCAAAGCCCAACCCAACUGUUCAGAUAUCUUUGGUGGAUCCCAUCAACCCCGUGGUCCUGCAUCAUACCACCAAAUUCGCACUGUUCUUCGUUUUCCAGCUGAGUGUUCGGGAUUCGUCGAUGCAAAAGUUCAAUGACCGCAUUCUCUGCUGUGGCCUUUCCUCUUAUUUUCAAUGCAAGCUCGAUGCAGUUCAGUGCAAUUCUAUCGUCGUAUAUAAAUACGUAAUAAAUGUUUAUAUAGCAUUUGCGGUAUAUACUCGUAUGUAUCUGUGCAUCGAAGGAGUAGGGUGUGUAUUGCGGAAAGUUUCCUGGGUGGAAGCAUUGGUUCGGUUGAAUGUGCUGAGUGUUAUGCCGGGUGCUGAAAAUUUUUGGUAGAUACUUACUUGGCCACAUCAAAACACUACCGCAUAAUUAUAAUAAGGAUAUCAUCGUAAUUCGGAUGAAGUGAUAAAAAAAUCAAAAAGGAUGGAAUGUGCGGUGCUUUCUGAAAGGGAAUUGAAUCUGAUUGAAAUUAAGUAUUUGCGGCAAAGGAGAUUGAAUCCAUUGUCCCACGGACAAUAAUAGCAGUGACAAUAUAAUUGAUACUAACCCGUGGUCGGUCAAAUGAAAAUGGACCAAACAAGACCGCCACGAAGUCCUACACCGGACAAUGGUGGCCAACAGGAUUAUGAUGUGACGGUUAUGCGAGAGGAGGAUUUUGAAAGAUUAGCAGUAUAUAUAGUGCCUGAUGUUCCAUGUGAACGAGGCGUGGCGAAUCGUGCAGAGAAAACCCUUCCUAGAAGCCUAACUCUCAAACCAUCAUUGGUUUUAUCAACGCCAAAUAUUAAGACUGAAGGAGUAUGGAGUACAGGAGUUAUCCCUCGAGGCACCAGAUUUGGGCCUUUCGAAGGUAUUGCAACCACGAAUUAUCCCAACGAUAAAACAUCCGCACGAUACUUUUGGAGGGUGCAGGGAACAAGGCAUGUUACCUACGGAAAUAUUAAGAUAUUCAAAGAUGACGACUACUAUUAUUUGGACGGAUCAGAUAGAUCUCAGGCGAAUUGGAUGCGUUAUGUUGCAUCGGCAUAUAGUCUAUCCGUUAUGAAUCUCGUUGCAUGCCAACAUCAAGAUAAUAUCUAUUUUUAUACAACGCGUGAUAUAAUGCCAAACGAGGAGCUUAUGGUCUGGUAUUGCAAGGACUUUGCAAGAAGAUUAGGCUACGAUGUUGAUCCAGAACGAACAACCUAUAGCAUAUGCAAAGAAGAAACCAUGAAAAAAGCAUAUGGGAUCUCAUCCAAUGAAAUAACUCCAGAGGUUGCAUAUAACCAUGUAACCUAUGUCAUGGGACUACACAUUCCAAGACGCUCAUUAACACCAAGUCCAUCCCCGCCAUCUAUCACGCAAUCGCAGCAACAACAAACACAAAUUCACCAGCACAAUCAUCCAUCCCAGCCCGUGCAGCAGCAGCAACAACCGAUGCAAAGGCAUCCUCACCAUCAUCCCUCUGUAGUUCAUCUAAGAGAACGACCGGCGGAGUCACGGAUUCAAGUGAUCGUUGGAGAUCGCUCACCCAUCCGAGAUGUACGGGAGGGAAGCAAAGAAAAGGAUGCUGCCGAGUCCCCUAUCUCGCAUAAAGAUCCUCAUUAUGAACAUCAACUGACACCGAAUGAUGGUUCGGUGAGAUCAGAUGAAGGAUACCAUAGUAAUGAGUACCACGAGGAUGCACUGACGCCCCCGGAAGAUUCAAGUGACAGCGAGAGCGAGCACAACUAUGUCCUAGACUGCUCUAAGAAAGCAAUUGAACCUCAAGAGACUGUCAUCACGCAGAAAUUGAUGGAUUGUGAUAAGAAUGAGUAUAGAAAGGUGAAAAUGAAAAUGCCUCUGAAAUAUGAAUUCAAGAACAAAAUUAUAAAGACUGAAAAUGGGAGUAAGGAUAUUGAGUCAAUUGGAUCAACGACUGUCCCCACUACUACCACAACUAUUACCGAGACGGCAACAACGACAAUUCCUGAUCAUGAGCGAGAUGAUGAACCCGGUCAGGUGGCAAGCCCACCAACAAGCACUGUAAUCGUCCUGGAAACUCCACAACAUACAAUCGUUCCUUUAACCAAACCCUACUACGAGGCAGAGACAACAUCUCCAACGCCGAAUCCAGUGACGUAUAUGCGUUUCACCCCGCCUACUUCCAGUAUUUUGGAAACAAUUUUGACUGGUAGCAGAAUCGAUAGUUCGUCUCGAAGACAACCGAAUGCUACUCCACCGCCCACUUCGCCAACGGAAAUGGCCUAUUCGUAUAAGAAGUCUCAGAGGUAUGGCAAUGCAGUGAGUCCAGACUCGAGCUCCAAUUUGAAUAGUUCAUCAGGACAGCAAGUUUCUGGGUCAACUUGUGUCUCGCGAACGGACCUUAAAGACUCUACUCCUCCACCUUCCAUGGUUUACUCGUCGCCAUCCCAGAUGCAAACAAUGGCGAACUAUGAAGGACAUCAGACUCCACCCUAUCCGUACGGCAUGUACGGGGCGAACGUCAUAUCACACGCCCCUACAUCGACGUAUUCACCACCUCACAGUAAUGGUUACAGCAGCCCCAACUCGAGUACACUGCAUACCCUGCAGACGAGUUCACAAGUUUUGAACCAUUCCCUCAUGACGCCUCUAACCCCCCUCCAAAGGUUAUCCCCAAUCAGGUCGUCACCCCCUUGUAGCCUUAGUCCUGAUGGAAAUUUGUGUACGCGCAGUGGAAGUCCGCUGAGUCCAGGAACCCCAGGUUCACGUGGAUACCGAUCCCUUCCUUACCCUCUUAAGAAAAAGGAUGGAAAGAUGCACUACGAAUGCAAUGUCUGUUGCAAAACAUUUGGACAGCUGUCGAAUCUCAAGGUUCACCUCCGAACGCAUAGCGGCGAGCGACCGUUCAAAUGUAACGUAUGCACAAAGUCUUUCACACAACUCGCUCACCUACAGAAACAUCAUCUAGUGCAUACCGGAGAGAAGCCACAUCAGUGUGAUAUAUGCAAGAAACGUUUCUCAUCGACAUCGAAUCUGAAGACUCAUUUAAGACUGCAUAGCGGACAAAAACCCUACGCCUGUGAUCUCUGUCCGCAAAAAUUCACACAAUUUGUUCAUUUGAAAUUGCACAAACGUUUACAUACGAAUGAUAGGCCGUAUGUUUGUCAAGGGUGUGAUAAAAAGUAUAUUAGUGCGUCGGGAUUGAGAACGCAUUGGAAGACAACAAGCUGUAAACCAAACAAUUUGGAGGAGGAACUUGCCUUGGCUGCGGCAGCUAAGUCGGAAUGUUUAGGUCCCACUUCAGUUGAUAAGGAUCAUCAUAGUGAACCCGACUCCCGUGAAUCUUAUGAAGUCCAACAAAUCCAUGCUCAAACACAUCCCCAUUUGAGGCAUAUAGGACAUCAUUCGCCGCCUCGCCUCAUCACAAUUCAAUCUCAAUCAACAACGAAUCAACAGCACCACCAACAACAGUCGACGCAACAUCACGUCCAGCAGUCGCAGUCCCAACAGCAACUUCACAGCUCCAUGCAACCGGUGCAAUCCUCCCAGCAAUCUAUAUCAAUGGUUCCUGUCUCAACGCUGCAUCAGCAAGCAUCACACCAACAUCACCAUCAGCAGCAAUCACAAUCCCAACCUCAGCAGAUCCUUGUUGUUGGGAUUUCGAGUAACCCGAACCAACCACCAAAAUCCAUGCAGAAAGGUUCCAUAAUGACACACGUAGUGCAGGCCACCCCUAACCCCAACGACCACUAUAUCUCCCACACGCAUCAGCUGCAGCACAGUCAACACCAGCUUCACCAACAUCAGCACCAAUCAGCGCCGGAAACCCGACCAACCGUCAUUGAGUCUAGUCAACCUAUGGUAAUAGAAUGCACGUAGGAAUGCCUGCGUCCUAGUUGUAUUGAAACGCGCGAACAGUAGAUUUGAGUUAUUAGGAGAAACGGAGUUAGUACAGAAGGCACAAAACGUGCGCACAUUGUGAAGUCUUGGAGGAUACCAAAAGGAUGCUAGGCUUUAGAGUCGAAGGAUGAGAUUAUGAUGAACAAUGCAAACUUAAGUCCGUGCAAAAGCAUUCCAUUGCUCGCAACAAAGUGCUAUCGAAGCAUGCACGGUAGCACCUUGCUGACGGCACCACACUUCUAUACUGCCACUAACUGCAAUGUAAGGAUAACGAUGCUCGUGUUUGCCAUCUGGAAGUUCAAUGCAUUUAAUUUUGAUUUCGUGAUGAAUUCCAAAAAAAAAAUUAUAGAGCAUCGAUGGUGGUGAAGCUGGAGAAGGAGGUCGAAAGUAUGUGACGUGACAGAUGGUGGAUACCAUGGUCCUCUGGCGUCAAUCUGACACUAACAACGAAAAACUGAGGGAGGGUGUCCUGACAGGUGGGAGAUUGACAUGGAGAGGAUUGGGUUGCAACCUAUUAUUCCCAGUUAAAGUAAUUCCAGUGGAAAACCAAGGAGUCAAGAGGGAAGUUGUCCCGCUGGAGUCGAUAUGGAUUUUGGGUUUGUCAAGGAUCCGUUGAAACCCGAAAUGGAAUAUUCAAACAAGUUUGGUGGCCAAUUCUAGAGAAGUACUUCAGGGUUUGUUGUGCUUCUGUUAGUCUAAAUCAUGGUCCCCGUAAUGAGCAGGAAGUGUUGAUUAUUCCAAGGAUAAACAAAGCGGACAUGCCGUCUUCUACAGCAAAUAGUACCCCAUACACAUCUAAGGCAAGUACCCGCUUCGAUGGUGAAAAAUUCAAAAAAAUAGUCUAAGAAACUACGAAUAUAAUCAUGUAAGCAUAUUCAGUACGAAUCAAGAUGAAUUGUAAAUACAUAGCAGAUACGAGUAAACAUUUGUAAUAAGAUGUAAGGAUAUGCAUAGACCACGUACCUUUUAAACCGAUACUUACAUACAAAAUACAACAUACGCAACAUUUAUACAGAUUGAUAAUAUAAAUUUCUAUCUUUAUAUAGUUCAUAACUUAUUUAUUUUUUUAUUGAAACAAGAUAAAAGUAAAAGAUAUUUCAAUUGUAAAUAGAAAUCCAAGUGCGUAGAAUCUAAGAGAGAAGAGACAACACAAUAUUUUUUGUAUCCGUUUUCGUUGAUCCGAUUGCAAUUUUAUUCUAUUAAAAACUCAGUUCAUGCUCACAUUGCCAGGCAUACAAUUGGCUAAUCACAUCCUACGUUUACAUACAGUAAUUCCGUUGCAAUAGUGUAAAUAGUACUCGUCCUGCAAUUGGGUUCUAUCAUUCAAAGGGAUUUCCUUCCUCGAUUUUCGAAUGCCAAACCAGCAGAAAAAAUAAAUUUCCAGAAAAAAAAAAACAAAAAUUCAGACGAGCUGUCCCCGUCAGUUGUUGGACUACAACUAAGAAUAAAUAAAAUUAAAUAAUAAUUUAAUUAAAAAUAAUGAUAACGGUAAAUGUAAAAAUAGCAGCAUCUAGCGAGUAAAAAGUAACAAUAUGUAGUCAUACAUGAUACCUAUAUAAAAAUGAAAAAUUAGCUGAAGAUCGGUGCUUUUGACCUGUUUCUAUUUGUACGAUUGUAUAAACACAACAUUGUACUGGUAACCCUAAAACAUAAUAUUAUUGUCGUACCUUUCAGAAUGAUAGCAAGUCGAGAUUAAAAUGUUCAAGUACAUAUACUAAAGUUAAAAAUAUCUGUAAAUGAAAAUUAAAAGUAAGCUCUCAGAAGUUUUCCGUUCAGACAGACUUUCGGCUACGAAAUGUAAUUGUAUCUCUGAUUUUCACUUACAUUAGUCUAAACGCGGAGUACAUGUCCAUAUUUUGAUCCUUUCUGCUAGUAACAUUCGUUAAAACUGUUAAUAUUUGAAAAUUUCGCAAUUUCGGACCUUAAUUCCUCACGUUCGGCACGAAUUUAAACCCUCAAAUUAACACACAAAAUGUUGUAACAUACAGUGGCCAAAUAAAGCAGGUAAAAUCGUAUUUUCUUAAUAAGUCUGUAAACUUCACCUAGAGAUACUAAGCAAAUAAAAUAAUAUACCAGAAAAAAUUGAAAAAAACAUACAAAACUUCACAGACUUCUACACAAUCUCCAUUCACCCCUACAUUCUGAAAACUCGAAAAAUCGAACAAAACUACUCUUCAUUACUAUCUCACCCUUCUGUAUUGCAUGUGAGUGCGUGGCAAACGAAAUUUCUACUUGAAAUCCAUCAUUGAUAGCUUUUGAUUUAUUUUCCGCGGCAGUGGAGAGCUGACCCUGAAGGAGUCAAAUCGGAAUAUCGGUUGUGGAUUGACAAAAACAACCCCCAUCAUCCCAUUGUCAUCACCAACACAAAUACCACUUUACGCAUUUGAUCAUCUCAAAUCCCACCGAUAGAUUCAUUAUUACAUAUUAUUCAGUAAAAUCGCUUUUUAUUGCUCACCCUUAAGUUACUUCGACUAUCGAAAAGUUCCCUUAGAUUCCUCUUUAAACGAAAAUCGUUGCAAUUUCAUCUGAGAUACUAUCGAGAAUUGCCUUAAAACGGAUUGUUUUGAUCCCAGUUAAAUUAGAUUAGGAAAUGUAUAAAGUUUUUAGUUCAAGGAUCAAGCGAGAUUUGAUAGGAGUCAUUGUAACAAAUCCUAGGGUUAAGCUAUCAUUAGCAACGCUUUGUAAAUAUAUCAUUAGAACAUUAUUUAAAAAGUAUAUUAUCUAUUAUUAAAGUUAUUUUAUUGAUAAUUAUUUAAAGCAUAAAUCACGUUAUUUAUACAGAAAAAAAUGUUUAUUUUUUUUUUAAUUAAGUAGAAUUGCAAUGAAUGUCAAAGAAACAAUUUAUUUUUAAUAUUAUUAUUUUAUAUGUUUUCUGUAUUAGAUUUUUUUUGUUAUCGUAUUAAUUGUGUAAACAUAUGUAUUUUACAAGAUUGAAUGUAUUUUAUGAAUGCUAAAGUGAAAAAGAUACACAUUUAUUAUGAACAAAAAACAGAAAAAUACAAAUUAUAAAAAAUAAUAUUGAGGCUAAAAAAUUCAUUAAAUUUUUGUGUUUCAAUUUUGAUUUUUCUUGUAUUGGUUGCAAUUGGAUUUUUUCUACACAAUUGGAUUUUUCUUUUGGACUUUAGGUUCUUCCUUGUUUUUAGUUCUGAAUAUUUAUUUUAUUCGAUUUGCCCUGAAUCGACUACAAUCACGGAAUUUGAAAUGAACAUUCUGCAUUUUGCCUUAAUAACUUUGAGGGAUAUCAAAUGAAUGUUACUAUUAGCCCAGAAGCAACGGACCAAAAUGUAAAAUAUAACCAUGAAAAAAUGGUUCGAAAUAUAAUCGACCUCUAUUUGAAACAAUACUCCAAACUUCACUUACAAAUCUUCGGUUUAUUCACUUUUCGUGCACUAGAAACUUCUUCUAUGUUUCGCCCCUCUUUAUUCCUUGUGAAUGCAGCUGAUAACCUUAUUUACUGCAUUCCAAACUUAUUCAGACCUUAGCACUUCUGGGUUACUUUCAACCCUGAAUGUAUAACUUAAACACCGAAAACAACUCUUCCCCAUCGGUGACUUCUGGGAUAAAAUUGCUCCUCCUUGGCCAAUCCUUCUUAAUAUAAUGAUUGUCUGUCGCUACUAAUCCACCCUCAAAGAAGAUCGCAGAACUUCGCAUAAUCCAGCUGCAAACUCAAUAGCAAUACUACAAGUUUUAAACCUCCACAAAUUUACCAUUGACAUCUUUCGAACUCCACCUUUUCUAACAACAGUUUCAAGUCUCCCUAAGACUCUCUCAUGUGGAUAGUAAAAAGUUCUUUCACUUCUAUUAUGAAAUAGGACAGUUUCAAGGCUGAUUUUGGGAGAAUAUAUGAAAAAUCCCUACUCCUCUGGUUCGUGAUAAAAAAUUGCAAAACUCAAUUUAUCUUGAAGUAAUAAAAACUUGUUGU